GGGGCAGCACAACCUGCUGCAGUCAGAGUAGAAGAAGAAGAAGCACCAGCUGUGGCGGAAGAGGAAGCCGUGGUCUGGUCUUUGUUGGUUUCUAAACUGAGCUCCCUCGACACGGACUUAUCUGAACGCCGUGUCGAUCAAACCAUUUGCGCCAGCGGAUGUUCGACAUCUGAUCCAUCUGUGGUUAUUGGCUUCUGUCCGUCGUUUUCUCUUCUCUCUCUGGUGCUUCACGAGCAGCUUCUGUGGUCGGGAUGGGAGCUCAGCGCAGCGAAGGGGGGCAGGACUGCAUCCUACCUGACGUCAUACAGCAGCAGCAGCACCAGCCGUGGAACCUGAUGAUCAAGCACAGACAGAUUCACAGAAGAGGCCGUCGAUCACACAUGACAGUCAAUUACACGGAUCCUCAGGUGUCCAUGGAUCUGUUCAGAGCAGUGCUUCAGUCCAGUUUCAACAAGGACAUCACAGCCGUGUUCACGAAGUACCAGAAGCUUCUUCAAAGGGCCGCGGACAACGUGAAGGAGAACGUGAAAGAAGUUCAGACGGACCAGCUGAUUAAUGAGACAGCCAGGAGCCUUUUGGAGAACGCCAAACACAUGUUUCCGGAGACUGACGGAAGGAAGAUGGGUCCGGAGGUCGCCCCCAAGAGGGCCAAGGCAGCAGAUGAGGACUUCAGAGACAGUCCCCUCAUCAAGAAGAGGAAAAUCAGAGUUGGUGCUGCUGUGGUCUCGGAUCGUCAGGUGACCUUCUCCAGUCAGGUGAAGGCAAAAGCAGAGGUCGUGAAGAGAGAAGGGCCAAAGUGGGACCCGUCCAGAUUGAAUGAGAACAGCACAUUUGUUCUGGGCUCAAGAGCAAAUAAGGCCCUGGGGAUGGGCGGGACCAGAGGUCGCAUCUACAUCAAGCAUGCUGACUUGUUUAAGUACGCUGCGGAUGCUAAGGACAAGCAGUGGCUGGCAGAGCGACACCACAUGAGAGCGACAGGAGGAAAGAUGGCAUAUCUGCUGAUCGAGGAAGACAUCCAGGAUCUGGCUCACAGCGAUGAGUACAGGGAGUGUCCGGAGCUCAGGAUGGAUGAGCUGAAGCCGUUCUCCGUUCCUCCCUGGAUGGUGGAGAAGAUGCAGCGAGCCAUGGAGGCUCAGAGAGACUCUGACCUUUGAGACCCCGCCCCCUUUUCUGACAAAUCAUGUUGUAUUCAGAAUAUUGAUGUUUUCAAUAAAAAGAUG